AUGGAGAGCACAGGUAGAAUGGGAUCCAGAAUGGCGAACGAUGUGAUUUUGGAUAUCAACGACCAACAGAAACCCCGGACAUUGAUGGAAAAAAUUCGACAUCGCUACAACGACCAGGAGGUUGACAAUCGUAUCAAAUUAUCUGCUCAGAAGUGGGUGCGAGUUUUGAUACUUCAGAUACCCGCACAAUUGUUUAUGUUUCAUUGUUACAUAAUUCCCUAUCUGUUUGAAGAAUACGACGACUGGACACAUUAUUACCUCAAAGUUCUGACCACAUAUUUGGCCAUACAGUGUGUAGCUAACUACUUCGGUACAAUUCUUUAUGAUACAAGCAUUUCUAACACGAAAGAUCGGCCCGAUAUACAGGGAUUGAGCGACCGAUGGGAGAACCCGCCCGAACAUUUUGUUACUCUCCUUUACCAGAACGGAAGUGCUAUUACAAUGACUGAAUCGGAGGAGAUUGACGAUUCCGGAUUUGUAUGGAAAUAUUGCGAUAUUUGUAAAAUCUACAAACCGCCUCGCACUCAUCACUGCAAUAUAUGUAAGAUGUGUAUUCUGAAGCGUGACCAUCACUGCUACAUACUUGGGAAUUGUAUUGGAUUUAAAAACCAGAGAUAUUUCGUUAUAUUACUUUUUUAUGUCACUGUUAUUGGCUUAUUAGGUGGAUGUCUCCAGUUUAAAUACCUGCAAGUGUUUUAUUAUCCGUACAGCUACGCAUGGACAGAUUUUAUUCCUCCAGUUGCGUUGUACCGCUGGCUGUACGGAACGGUUGACGCCAUGUCCUUACACGUGUGUGUUAUGAUCCAACAAAUCUACCUGGAGUUCUUGUUGGGGGUGAUAUGUUUCUUCUAUUUCAAUUUACAAAUCGCCAUUAUUUUCAGAGGAAAAACACUAUAUGAGGUGGCAAAAUUUGUACCUGUCCGGAACUUCAAUAGUAUUAAUCGUAAUUUCCGUUCUGUUUUUGGCGAUUUUUGGGUUUUGAACUUCUUUUUUCCAAUGCAGGUAAUAUUUCGACAGAGAGACGAUGGUAAGACUUGGGAAGGAAUCAAAGUUGACCAUAAUGCUAAUCUACAAGGAAAAACCAACUGA